CCUUAUGAUUGCGAGGCACAUAAAUACACUACUGAGAUCGUGUCUCUGGAUCCCCUGGUGAUAUACAUCAACAACUUCACCAGCACGCAAGAAGCGGAAAAUCUUAUUAAGGCCGGCGAACCCGACUUCGAAGACUCUUUCAUAUCCCGGCACACCGGUCUCCAUCGCGUCAGCGGCCGAACUUCUCAAUCCGCACCCCUCGAACCCUCUCUCCCACUCGUAUCCUGCAUUCUCUCCCGCGCCCGCCAAUUCAUGGGCAACAUGCUCCUGCCCUCCGAGCCCUUUUCCAUUCCGCAAAUCGUCCGCUACUACCCUAAACAACGCUACGACCUGCACACUGAUUUCUGGCCCCAGCAUCAAGUCAUGAAUGACGGCUCGGGCCGGCUGUUCAACCGUGUCGCGAGUUUUUUUGUGUUUUUGAGGGAUAAUUGUACGGAAGGGGAGACGUACUUUCCCCUCGUUGACGUACUUGACCGGGACGCGGAAUCCAAUGGAGGGUCUGGGAAGUUGGUGAAACGCUGGGAAGGCCGGGCAAGUAGGGGAGAAAAGGAUGGGGAGGCAUUGGGGGUCAAGUUUAAGCCGAUUCAGGGGAAUGCGGUGUUUUGGGUUAAUUUGGAUGGGGAGGGGAAGGGGGAUCGUAGGUUAGUGCAUGCAGGGUUGCCGGUGGGGGAAGGGGAGAAGAUUGGGAUGAAUAUUUGGCCGAGGAAGAUUUAUGGGGUGGAGGAUUGA